AUGCCGCGCUCUGCAACAAGAGGAGAGCAUGCCUGCCCAUUCUGUGCUGCCAACCCCAAGACCAAUGCCGGCUUACACUCGCAUUACGCUCAACGGCCAAGCUGUCGACGGCAACUUAGCUUAGUUCUUGAGGCCAAGUAUGCGGCAGCCCCGCCACUGCCUGAAGCUACCCAGCCGGUUGGGUACGACGAAAUGGCUCUUGACACCGAGCCGCCUGCCAACGAUGUGGUAGCCCAGCAGCCAUACUUUGCUCCGCAUACCGCUGUCGACAACGCUGCUGAUAACGACCCCGACUUGGAUGCGCCAGGUUCCGAACGUUGGAUUGAAGAUUUCCCGGAGCCUGCGGGAUGUGUUCUGGAUGGUGGAGCGAAGGGGAAGACUGCGUUCGAAGUGUAUCGGGAACAACAAGAGGAGCUCGGUCUUCUGCCGUGGGGUGAUUUUGAGAGUGCGGGAGACUGGGAGCUGGCAAAGUGGCUUGUGGAAGCAGGAGUGAGUCGGGGGAAGAUAGAAGAGUUUCUCAAGCUUGAGAAGAUUCGCCACGGUGCAAAGCCGUCUUAUCACAAUGCAUAUUCUUUUUACCAGAAAAUUGACUCCUUGCCUGCGGGACCAAAGUGGGAAUGCGAAAUGCUGCAAAUUACUGGCGAUAUCCUCGAUUCGGAUGGCAAUCCAGUCACCGAGGAGAUUAUGGCCAACCCAGCCUUCAAAGAUCAUAUGUUCUAUGCUCCCCAGCGCAUCUAUCGUGACGAACAGUGUACAAAUCGUGAAUAUGGGGAAAUGCACACUGGUGAUCGGUGGUGGGAGCUACAGGAAAAGAUACCUGCUGGGCAUACUGUUUGUCCCAUAAUCAUCGGAACGGACGAGACACAGCUGUCGAAUUUCAGUGGCGAUAAGAAGGCAUGGCCAGCAUACGCGGCUCCCGCAAAUGUGUCCGAUGACGUCCGGCGCAAACCCAAUUCGCAUGCAAUGGUUCUUAUCGGCUACAUUCCUGUCUCGAAGUUCCAGUGCUUUUCAAGAGCCAAGGAUCGCUCUGCUGCUCGACAAGACCUUUACCAUUACUGCAUGAAGGUCCUUCUCAAUGGGCUGAUCAAACCGGGCAACGAUGGUGUCCGCAUGCUCUGCGCCGAUGCGCACUUCCGAAUGAACCACCCGCUUGUUGUCGCGCACCUCGCAGACCAUCCCGAGCGCUGUCUCGCUUCCUGUUGUGCCGAAAACCGCUGCCCGGAGUGCAAGGUUGCUGCAAACAAGCGAGGCGACCCUAUUCGUUCGCGUCCGCGAGAGCCUGGGGAGACAAUCAAGAUAUUGCGCAAGCAGGCCGACGGUCUGGAUCCGCCUGAGUUUGAAGAGCUAGGUCUUCGACAGAAUGAUCCGUUCUGGAAGGACCUGCCACAUUGCGAUAUAUAUCGCUCAUUUUAUCCCGACCUCCUGCAUCAACUCCACAAGGGGGUUUUUAAGGACCAUACAGUUUCUUGGGCGACAGAGUCUGUUGACGGGUCAACGAAGGAGAAGGAAGCCGAAAUUGACAGGCGAUUCAAGGCCAUGCUGGACCAUCCUAGCCUUCGACACUUCCAGCAGGGCAUUUCCCUGGUCUCCCAGUGGACGGGGAACGAAUACAAAAACAUGGAGAAGGUGUUUUUAGGCGUAAUCAAUGGUGCUGUCGAGCCUCAAGUCAUGCUUGCAGUCCGUGGAAUCCUCGAUUUCAUUUAUUACGCACACUUCGAAACUCAUACCGACAAAUCCCUUAUGCGCCUUGAGGCUGCUUGGUUAAUGUUCCACGAUAACAAGGGCGUAUUUCUGCGCACUGGUAUUCGUGAACACUUCAAUAUUCCCAAAAUCCACGCAAUGCAGCAUUAUGUUGCACUCAUUCGACUCGGAGGUUCCACCGCGGGAAAGAGUACUGAAUUGAGCGAGCGUCUACACAUCGAUUGCGCAAAAAUGGGCUACCGAGCUUCAAAUCGCAAGAAUUAUUUGGCCCAAAUGACUCAAUGGCUCAGUCGACGUGACGCAAUCUACAAAUUCUCGGCUUACCUCGAUUGGGCGGUGCCAAUUUAUCACGCCUCUAUUGUGCCUCCUUCGGAACCAGCAACGACUCCAAGCAGCAUAGCGGCAGCCCCAGUUACAGCUUCCCUGCCAUUCAAGAUUGCAAAAUCAGCACCAUUUUCUCUUUCGGCUCAGGUUCUGGAGACGGAAUUCGGCGCAAACGACUUCCUGCACCAUCUCGAGACUUUCCUUCGGUCUGAAGCUAUCUACCCAUCCGAUUUUGACAGUAUCCACACCAACUUUCCUGUUUAUAAACCUUCAUUAACCGUAGUUGCCAUCUAA